UUUUCUCUCCUUUUUGAUUUUUGAUUUUUUUUCUUUUUUAGAAAAUGUGCGACGCGUCUCUUUUUGUCGUGUGCUUGAAUAGGUUUUAAAAGGAGGAGGGGUUGUGGUGUGGGUUAUAAUCUGCUAUAUAUAGUUUACGUCUUUUUCAAUGGGUUUUUUGUUUACAGAUGUGUCCUCGUAGUUUGUUUUAUCUUUAGAUGCUACCCUGUAUCUUUUCUUUAUUUCGGUUUCGUUCUCUCUGCUGUAUGACAGCGGAGGUUUUCAAAUUAUUUGUGUGUCCCACUUGUCUACAGAUAUUUUUGCUAUUUAACCACUAUAUAAAAUUAGUUUUUCCCUAUUUGUUUUGCCUAUUACACUGUUUCGACAAAUUGAGCAUUAUUGAAAUUGGAAAAGAGUAGAUCCAAGGUACAGUUUUUUUUUAUUUAGAUAUUUUGAAUUUAGUGAUUGGCUAAAUUAUCGGUUUUGUUCUUAUGGAUAAGUACAAUAAUAUGCAUAAUCAAAACAAGUUUGACUGUGUAAGACAGAUCAUACAUACAAGAGUGGUGUAAUUGUAACGGCCGGCUUACAUAAAAGUUGGGCUCUUUCUGUACUUACAAAAGGCCCAUCAUUUUCAAUAUAACAAAACAAAUAUUUUAAUGAAUAAAGGACUUAAUACAUUUUCAAAAUUCUUAAACCUAAUUUAUUCAAGUUGUUCUCUACUUUUUGAGCAAGUUUUUGUUAAAAUUUUAAGCAGCUUUUUAAGUCUAGGGAUUUAAAUUUACGGCUUAAGAUAUAUUACUAGAUCUUGACCCUUUAUUUUCACUUUUAUAUGCUAUUUAUUUUAAAUCAUUAAUAAUGUAUAUUUUUAAUUUUAAUCAUAUAUUUAAAUGUUUAUAUAACUAUUUCAAAUAAAAUAAUUUAUAGUUUACAUGCUGUAAGUAAUAUUAUUAUUGUAUAUACAAAAGUCUAAACCAUGUGUUAUUUGAAAUACAUUUAGAGUCCUACCAUUAGUUAGUGUUGCGAGAAGUUGUUCUGAAACUGUUUUUCAGAAACACUGUAUUCCUACGAUUUAUGACUUUUCGAUAAACUGUAUGUGAUCAAACUAUACUACUAAUUAAUAAUUGAUCGAUUAUGGUAUAAAUACAUGAUUAUUAGGCUUUGGGGCCAAAAGCGGGGAAUGGUUAGGCUGGUGGCACCCACUAGUAUGCUUUCAUCUCACAAUGUAGCCACUAUGUCUGGGGUUCGGCUCAACGAUCCAGUUUAUUGGAGUGAAAUAAGCUUCUUAUAGUUUACAAAAAAAAAAAAAAAAAAAAUAAAAAUAAAAAAUAAGCUUCUUAUUUUUCUUUGUCACGAAAUAAGCUUAUGUCCCAAGCUUGUGAAGAACAUAUAUAAAAAGAAAAGCUUUUGGACCCCAAAAAGCAUUAUGUACAAGUACAAUACACUGAACCAGGCUUCGAGAACAUAAGAAAAGUAUUAAUUUUCUGGAAAACAAGGAAAGGCGCACACACACACAAAAGGAAAAGAAAAAAAAAGAAGAAGCAAUUAUAUGCACAAUGUCUUUUACUGGUAUAUAAUAUGUUUAAAGUGGAUUUCUUGAAAUUUUUGUGAUGAAUACACACACACGAAAAAAAGAAGAAGCAAUUAUAUGCACACAAUGCCUUUUACUGGUAUAAAAUGUUUAAAGUGGAUUUCUUGGAAAUUUUGUGCUAGCCUAAAAUAUCAUCCUAAAGUGGAUACAAUCGUGUAUAUUAUUUUAACCCAAAUGUGUCAUGACACGUUUACAUUUUCAGCGACUCCAUGCAAUAUUCAGGAUAUGAUUGGCAACAAAAACUACAAAUAAUGUAGAUGGUUUACAAGCACAUGUCGACCCACGAAAAAUAUAUAUUGUGGAUUCAUAUCAAUAAGACAACGUAAUUUUUUUUGAUUUUGGUGUUGUCUUAGUAUUCUCUAAUUUACGGUUCAAUACAUAAUUCGAAGACUGGCAAAAAAAAAAGAUAACUCAAAUUAAGCUAAAAUAGAUGAAGCCGUGUCCUGGAGGUAUUGAUACGAUCCAAAUAAUUCAUUAAAAAUUUCUCUCUCGAACUCUUUUAAAAUUUUAGAAUAAUCUAAAGUUGAAAACAUCUUUUCAUAUUAGAAAAAUCAAAGUUAUAGAAAAAUUAACAUACUUUAAAUCGAUUACUUAACUCGGUUUAAAAAGCUUUUAAUACUUUAUAUGUACAGUAUUUCUCUCUUUCCGUCUUUUCGCUAAUUACUCAUCAUUUACCUCGUGUUUUAGAAAUACACUCAAAGAAAAAGCGACCUCUAGCCUUCAUUUUCUAAGCAUUAAACCUCUUCACUCACUACACGUAUUUAAUACCUUCGACCCGUCCACAAAAUUUCAUCGGUCUCUUACCAUAACAAAAAAGAAACACAAACUCCAAGUCUUCAAGAGAAGACUCAAGACAACUCAAAAGUCUCUUCCGUACAUAGCCAUGUCUCUACUAUGUAAGAAACCUAAAUCUGGUCGACUCUCGAGAUUCAUGUCAGAGUUUCACCAAUCUCCAAAACGUGGCGGGAUCAUGGUCGUUGAAACUGGCUUCCCAACUUCUCUGGUCGAUCUCUUCUUCAAGAAUCGCGAUCGUCUAAAAAAGUAUUCCUCUAAAACUAAACGCAUCCAACGCUUGAUCGAGACCGCUCCAAACGCUUCUUUGCCAGUUAAUCCAGACGCGAGUCUAGAAACGCCGGUAACGUCGAGGAGUAAGAUCGAGAAAGUAAGUUUCGUCGGCAGUCAAAAGCACACGAGUGAAAAUAACGUUUGCGUUUGCGGCGAUGGAACCGGCGCCUUUGUUUUGAUGGCUUUUAAGCUUUUUAUAGUGGCGGUGCUUGCCUUGAGCACGCCGAAGAGCCUCACUAUGGGAGUCACUCUCUGCGCCUUCGCGCUUCUCUUUACAGAGAACGUGGCGACGCGUAUUCUCACGCGUUUCAAGCUCUGCAACACCGACGUUAGAAAAGAAAAGCCACUCGCUUCAACACACGACGAUAGGUUGAUUUCUUGUUCCGAGGAAACAGGGACAAUAGGUGUAACAAAGAACUCGAAUUCGGAUGAGAAAACGAGAAGCAAAAGUUCGAGACUCAAAUCGAAGAUUCUGAAAAAGCUGAGGAGUUACAAGAAGAAGAAGGAUAAAACGAUUGUGAUCGAAGAAGAGAUUUUGACUGAUGUGUCAAGCGUCGAGGACUCUGAGAGAGACGAGGAGAAGUCGAAUCAACCAUUGAUAGAAUCAAAAGGAGAUAACAUGGAUGGGACUGUUGUGAUCGUGAUUGUGCUUACAGGUCUGUUAAGUGGAAAGAUCGCAGCUAUUGGUUUGACACUAUCCUGUCUGUAUCUCGGAUUCGGAGCAGCCAAAAGAUCUGGUUUUUGCAAAUAAAAAUUCUUUUCUUUUUUCUUACAAACAUUGGAGAAUUGGUGUGGUGAUCAUUGAUUAAUGAUCGUUUAUGUACUUAGAGAUUAGUUUAACAUCUACUGUUUGUUUGCGUUUAUGACCUUAUGUUUAAUUUUUGUUGAUUGAUCUUAAACGUAAAUUUUAAACAAAAAUAUUUAAUGAUAUGUUGGCGUUUGGCGCGCUUUUGUUUAUAUUAUGCAGAAGUGGAAGCAUAAAGUAUUUCUGUAUUUCAAAACCAGUUAUCAAAAAAUAUAAACACAAAUGCAAAGUUAAAUGUAAACAAUGGUUUCUUGAAGAAAGCAAAGCUAUUAGACCAUCUCCAACCCACCUCUAUUUCUAUCUCUAUAUUUUCCCUUAAAAUAGAGAAACUCUAUUAUAGAGGUGAAAAUGCUCCAAUGUAUGCCUCUAUAAUAGAGUUCCUCUAUUUAUAGAGGAAAAUAUAGAGAUAUGAUAUUUUCACCUCUAAAUAUAGAGGCAAAAAGUAACUUUCCUCUAUAUUUUUCUCUAAAAUAGAGAAACUCUAUUAUAGAGGCAUACAUUGGAGCAUUUUUACUUCUAUAAUAGAGAUCUCUAUUUUAGAGAAAAUUAUAGAGGUGGACAUUGGAGAUGCUCUUAGUAUUAUAAAAUUUAUAAUGGUGGAAGCUGGUUCAAAAGUUGCUCCAGAAAAUAUAUCAACACAAAAGAAUCUGUGAGGCAAUAUAUUUAACUAUUUAUCUUUUAUAUAUUAAUUGAGAAACAUUAUAACAUUAUUUUGUAGCCAUGUGUCACCACGGGGAUGAAAUUCAGAAUUUUUAGAGAAAUAUAUUGGUCCAUCUUAACUUAUAUUAUAUUUUUUUUAUUAAACUAACUAUUAAAUUGAUAAAUAGUGUACACAAGAAUAUUCCUGUACUUUUCUUAAAUAAAAGCUACGGAAUUGUCUAAUAUGGUUAACGUAUUAAUGAUGGUUAAAAAACAAUUAAUGAUUAUAAAUAAUAAAUAUUUGAUUACAAUUUUUGUAUCUUAGCUCUUUUUUAAUUUUAUAUUAUUAAAAGAUAUUAAACAACCACAUUAACCAUAUAAUAAAAAAUUAAUAUUUUCUUAUAUGUUAUAUUUUGAAUCUUUAAAAUGACUACAAAUUACUAAAAUCGUUAAAUGUCUCACACUAAAAUUUUGUGAUCAAUGGUUUAACUUUUUUGGUAAUAACAAGAUACAAAUGAUCAUAAAUUGUAUGAAUAUAAAUUCUCAUUUACUAUAUAGACAUUUAAAUUAUAUAUUAAUAUAGUUUAAAAUUAAACUAUAUAACAUA